AUGACCCUGCCUCUCCGCCGUGCAGGAAUGGCCUCCCCUGGGAACCUGUCCGAAGAGCAAGUCCACUGCUCCAUCUGUCUAGACGUCUUCACCAACCCAGUGUCCAUACCCUGCGGUCAUAACUUCUGUCAAAACUGCAUCCUGGGAUAUUGGAAGACUUCUCCUUUAUACCAAUGCCCCAUGUGUAAGAAGUCCUUCCAAAAACGACCAGAUAUCAGCGUCAAUACAGUUCUUAGAGAGAUCGCGGAGCAGUUCAAGCAGAUCCGGGUUAAAAGCAGUGACGUAAAGGUUGCUAAAGAAGUGGACGAAGUUACAUUUAAGGAAAAAAAGUGGACGAUGGAAAGGCACAAGAAAGAAGAUGAGGAAAGGCUGUUGGAAAAGGAUCAGUUUUUGGAGGAACUCAAGCAGAUGCAAGAAGAACGCAAAUUUAAAGAGGAGGCGAAGGCGGACGAGGAUCUACCGCCUUUGAUUCCGCCAAUACCUCCACCAAGAUCUCCUGCCGUUUCGAGAACCCAAAGUGUAAAUCCACAGCCGGUUUCUCCACCACCAUCACCACCAAUUUCUUCUGAAGCUUCACCGGCAGCUUCCACGUCAUCGCUGGCUCAAUCCUGGGUAGAGGAAGAGGUGCUUUGCGAUGUUUGCUUUGGAGAAGGUAGACCCAAAGCCGUCAAGUCCUGCCUGGUCUGCUUGACGUCGUACUGCGAGGAACAUCUCAAGUCUCACGUGUCCAGAUUCACUAAGCACAAGCUGAUUGAGCCGGUGGCCAACAUGGAGGAUCGGAUGUGUCCCAAGCACGAGAGGUUGUUGGAGCUUUACUGUAAGAAGGACCAGACCUGUGUGUGCGUUCUCUGCACGGAGACGGACCACAGAGCUCACUACACUGUGCCAGUGGAGCGGGAGUGGAUCGACAAGAAGGCGCAGCUGAAGAGAUCAGAAAUGGAUGUUCAGCAAAUGAUCCACGAUCGUGUGAAGAAGGUGGAGGAGAUCAAACACUCUGUAGAGCUCAACAAAGCGAGUGUGCAGAGGGAGAUGGAGGAAAGCGCGCAGGUUUUUGCAGAUCUGAUCCGGUCCAUCCAAAGAACUCAGGCCGAAUUGGUGCUGUCCAUCCAGGAGAAGCAGCGGCAGACGGAGCAGUGGGCCGACAAUCUCACUAUCCAACUGGAGCAGGAGAUAUUGGAUCUACGGAGGAGGCACGGAGAUCUGGAGAACGUGGCCCGCACAGACCACAUCAACUUCUUGAAGAAUUUCCCGUCCCUGAGCAGCCCUCCGUCGGUCAGAGACUGGUCCGAUACUCACGUGUCCACUGACACCUGUGUGGGCAUGAUCCGCAGGUCUGUGAACAAACUGGAGAAAACGCUCAACGACACCAUCCACAAACUCAUAGACAGCGAGAUCAGAAAGAUUAAGAAGUACACAGCGAACGUAACAUUGGACCCGGACACCUCAAACCCGUGGCUGCAGCUGUCCCAGGACCGCCGGCAGCUGAGACACUUGGGGGCGUGGCAGGACCUCCCGGACAACCCAGCGCGCUUCGACACCGUUGUCAUCGUCCUGGGUAAAUCCGGCUUCACUUCGGGACGCCAUUAUUGGGAAGUCCAAGUGGGCGAAAAGGACGACUGGUACCUCGGCGUGGCAAAGUCCUCCGUCAACCGCAAAGGCAGGAUUUCGGUCAGCACUGCGCAGGGAUACUGGGCUUUGGCGAUGAAAAAGAGCCAGGGUUACCGCGCCUCCACGACCCCCCCGAUGCUGCUGACGCUGGAGCCCAAACCCAGGCAGAUCGGCGUGUACGUGGACUGCGAUGAGGGCCACGUGUCCUUCUAUGACGUGAAGAACAGAACGCACAUUUUUACCUUCAAAGAUUCGUUCACGGAGAAGAUCCUGCCAUUUUUUUAUCUGUACUGCUCCGACAAGGCCUCGGACACCAUGGUGAUCUGCCCUACGGGAGACAGCGGUCAGAGCAAGAGCUGA